AUGGAAAUAAAUAAAAACAAUUAUAAGCCUUUAAAUCUUAAUAAGAAAUUUUUAUCAAACACGGCAACCAAAUCUCCUUCUACUCCAACUCAGCCUAAGUUGCUUACGGGUAAAGUGAAUCAACAAUCCACGUGGAAGCAGUUAAAUGAGUUGAAGCAUUGGGAUGAAAUUGAUGAGGAGGAUGAUCUGGUGCUAGUUGACCAGGCUGGUCAUCAGCUUGGACACGUCGUUGAGCAUGAGCAGAAGCAGCAGCAACACCAGCAAUACCAGCCACAGCUACAACCACAGCUACAACGCCACUCAGAUCAAUCCGAUGAAAUGCACUCGGCUGCUAUCAGAGCUAAACAGCGCAGACAGCUUGAGGAGAAUGAAAGAUUAGAAGCUCAACACAGAGCUCAAAAAAAGGCUUCCGAAUUGGCUGAUAGACUCGCUAUCGAACAACAACUCACUCACCAACAAACAACUCUAGCUAAGCAACUACAAUUAUCCAGAGAAAGAGAAAGAGAAAGGUCUAAUCACCCUUCUUCCCCUCAACCUCCACCAAAAUCUAUACUCACACGCAAUCCAAAUACUCCUGCCUACAAUCCAUGGACUGCUCGUAUCGAGGCUAGGCAACAACUCCAGAAUCAACCCGCUUCCCCUCCGCCAUGGCGUAAACCAAAAGUGAAAGUACCUUGUUCUAAUCCUAGUAAACCCCAACCAAUUACCACAAAGAUACCCUUUUAUCCACCUUCCUCUGCAACCAACUAUAAAUUUGAUAAAAUACGCGUGAAGUUACCUAAAACUGCUUAUAGCAAGACUAUCAAUACUUCUGAUGGUACUAGUUAUGUUAAUCACAAAAAUCAGAUCGACGCAUUGGAUGGUUUGAUGGAUAAGAUUAAGUCCAUGAUGUCACCACAGCAAGUAGAAGAAGAGAAAGUGGCUCAAUAUUCACCCAAACAACCACCCGCACCCACACCCGCACCUGAUGUACAUGCUGUACCUGCACCUGCACCCCCUCAAUCGAAAGAAAACACACAAAAAGAGUUCAACCCACCUUCCAAGCCGCGUUCAAUGUAUAUUAACAACCAAUCACGCAGACACUCCAAUCAACUCAAUUUGCCUUCUCAAAGGGAAGAAUUCCUGAAAGCAUCAACAUCAGCACCACCUGAUCCUUUGCAUAAGUCAUUAUCAUCUCAAUAG